AUGGCGGACCUUCACCGCCAGCUGCAGGACUACCUGGCGCAGGCGAAAGCGGGAAAGCAGGCUGACGCGGAGCCGCUGCUCGCCGCAGGGACGGCAGAAGAGCCAGCUGCCGGGGACGGCCCGGUGGGAGCAUGGCUGGGCCGCUCAAGCCUGCGAUGGACGUGGGCGCGGAGUUCCGCAGAGCCGCCGGAUGCCGGCCCGGCGUGCCUGCCGACCGUGACGCGCGGGCAGCGGUUGGCGGCAGGCGGCGGGUGUCUCCUGCUGGCCGCGCUCUGCUUCGGCCUGGCAGCACUCUACGCGCCCGUGCUGCUGCUGCGUGCGCGCAAGUUCGCGCUGCUCUGGUCGCUGGGAUCGGUUCUGGCGCUGGCGGGCGGCGCGCUGCUGCGGGGCGGCGCGGCGUGCGGACGGCUGCUGCGCGGGGAGGAGGCGCCCUCGCGGCCCGCGCUGCUGUAUGCCGCUGCGCUGGGCGCCACGCUGUACGCGGCGCUGGGCCUGCGCAGCACGUUGCUCACGGCGCUGGGCGCCUGCGCGCAGGUGGCCGCGCUGCUCUACGCGCUGCUGGGCCUGUUGCCCUGGGGCGGCGGCGCCGCGCUGCGCCUCGCCCUCGGCCGCCUGGGCCGCGGCGCCGGCCUGGCCAACGCGCUGCCGGUGUGAAGCCCGGGACCCCGCCCGGCUGGACUGAAGCGGACGAACCCCACGACGAUGGCCGGCGCGCCUAGGCUGACGAAGCCGGUAGGAUCGGACGUCCCGGAUCCCAGCCCUUCCGUGGCCCGCCUCCGAGGAGACCAGGUGUUGCCGUGCAGUUGGUGACGGCGUGCUGCGGAGCCGCGGUCAGAAGUUGCUUCUGCACUAUCUGCACUAAGGCGUUUUGAGCAGAGUAAAAUGGCUCUUUGAAUUGGCUGCUUUUGUGGCUUUUCUCAGGCUUAUCUUUAUAUCUUUUGUCACUUGACAAAUUGAGUGGAAUAUGUAGUUGAUGGUUUUUUUGGGUUUUUGGCGAUGCUUGAGCCUAGGAAAUUAUUUUUCCCAAUUGUGGAUCCAGAAGAGUAUCAGAUUAAAGUUUUCUAGCUACUGGAUCUUAAAAGGUGAUCAGUUAAUAUGGUUUACCUUUUAAAGAUUAAAUUGUAAAUGAAUGUGGUGCCUUACAACAUUAAAGGAGUCGGAAUUAGCCAAGGAAAGCAGCGGACCAGUAGAGAAGCCUGCCACCCUCCACGUGAGAGCUGCAGAACAGCCGGGGCGUCCCUGCAGACAACCCUCACUUAUCAUUCCUAAUUUUACUAUUUGCUUUUUAAAGCAGUUUGCAAUUUGCACGAUGAUCCUAAUGCAGUAUGAAGUGCUCGUCAUAUACAAUUGCUAUUUAUCCUUCAUUCUAGACUCGGCUUGUUUUAUUUAGGCGGUGAGAAUCUUCACUUUCUUUUGCAAAACCUGCCUUAAUUUACUGCCAGUAUAGGUCCAGUAUUCUGAUGAGUACAGAAAAACUACACAUUUUGUCAGUAGCUAUGAACUACAAAGUAAAAUUAUAGUCAUAAGUUAACAAUCCCUGCCAAUGGUUCUCACACUUGAGUGGGACGUCAGAAAUACAUUUCCUGUAGAAGCUUGGGUGGGACCAGGCCUCCGUAGUUUUUGUUUUUUAAACACCACAGAUGAUUCCAUUUUCAACCAAGGUUGAGAACCAGUUUUUGGUGCAUUGGCUUGUACAAUUUGAAGCUAAUUGUUUUCUGGGAGAAUUUCCAAUGUUGUCAUGACAGGGUGUGCCAAAUAGCCAUGGAGCACUUUUUCUUCCUCCAGCCCCAAAAUAUAUGUUCUUAGGCUCCUAAACCCCACUCCAAGAUGUGACACUAAAGUGGCCACAUCCACACCGCAGGCUACCCCACCCUCAGUAGUACUGGCUAAGAAUACUGCCUUGUGUCUACCUCAGAAUACCAUGUAUUUUCAAGGAGUGCUUUAUUUUGUCUAAUGGGAAAAACCUGUGCCAUUGGCCACUGUUUCUCAUUUCCUCGUUAAAUUUCUAUUCUAAAUUUCUCUAGGAGUUACAUGGCUGAAGAUUUUGCAGUGUUUUAACAUUUGUUAUGUUUGAUGCUGUUAUAUUGUCAUUUUUUUAAAUUUCA